AUGGGUGCAUAUCUUUCUUCACCACAGCUGACCGGUGGACUAGUGUACGCAGGUCCCGCCGGAUUUUACUAUGGCCAGGCUCAAGAUACCUCUGGCCCCUUCACAUCAGCCUUCACCGUCGAACCUUCAGACACAAACUCUUUCGGUUUUGCUGCGACCAUGACAUCGAUGAAUAGCGACAUCCAGGCUCGAUACACAGACACUGCCAGAAUCGUCAAGACUGCCACCUGUUCUGCUCAGAUCACUUCUUACGGCUCCCAUCUGGAGUCAUAUGGAGUAUACGGCGAUGGUACACUCCAAUACAUGGCCACAUACACGCAAAUCGAUUCUUCAACUGCCUAUGGUAGCAUACUGUGCCCUAUUGCCAACACCCAGAUCGGAGAUGGGCCCCUAGUAUUUUCCUAA